CCUACUUGGGAUAUUACGACUACGACGAUUGGACAGGUCUCAAACUUUGUACCAAUCGCUCUCGUUGUACGAAAACAGCCUUUCCAAGAUGGCAGCGCCCAUUGUAAAAGCAAGAGCUCGUGUCGUCGUGCACAGAUUUAUAUGAGUGAAUUCUUUCCAUAUUUCAAACUAGGCUGAACGUUAUUGGAGGCAGAAUUUGUCAUAUGAAAUAUAACUUGCUACCAAACAUUAAUACUGAACAUAGAUUUCUGAGGUCUUUUAAAAUGCUGCAAAAUCGAUUGUUCGCGUUUUCAAAAAAUGUAUUGCCGAUGUCGUCGGCAAGAAGUGUGCUAAACUCACGUUCCUUUUGCAUACAAACGAGAGCACGACGUAAUGUUUUUACCAGUCGUCACCUGACGGCCUCAAGAGUUCAGUCGAUUCCAGUGUUUUGUCGAGUGCUGAAUCAAACGUGGUUUGGAGAUGGUCUUGAAUUAGAAUCUCAGAAUGUACGUACCCAUCAGCCAGUACGAGGGCUGUCCACAUCAGACUCUGUCCGAGGGCUUUUCUCCAAAUCCACCGACAAGAAGUUGCCAGAUCAUAACCUCAUCUACACGGGGCCUCUAAGCAACAUGGUGAAGAUGGUCAAGCUCUUCUCUCUGUCGACCAGCGGCAUAUCCUUGUUGAUCAUACAGAUGAUAUUCAUCUCCGGCGAGUCGGGGGCCAUGAAGGUCCUCGGAGGCUCCAUGGCCUCGUUCUUGUUCCUGACGCCGAUCCUCCUCCACUGGGUCUGCAAGUCCUACACCACGCGGAUGUACUACGAUCCGACCACCGACACCUUCACCGCGAACACGGUGAGCUUCUUUUUGGCCACCCUCAGUCAGGACUUCAAGGUGGCUGACGUGGAGACCCCGGCCGUGCGUAACCUGAUGACCUCAAUCGUUGUGAAAGGCAAGCCGUUGCUGAUUGAUCCUCGGGCGUUCGUCCAUCCCAAUCACUACAGUCACCUCAUGGGUUACGACAAGCUGCCGGACAACCUGACGGCGGAGGACAUGAAGAAAGCCAUGGCUGAGCUCUCGGAUGAACAACAAAAAGACUGAUGUUUGGAUAGACAAGCAGUCUGACCUGUAGUUGGGCUAUUGUAGAGGCCUGAUUAUGGACACCAAAACUAUCUUUGCCUAAUUUUAUGGAUUUAGAAAAGUAGAAAGUGCAGAUUAAUUUAAUAAGCAAAAAUCAGCCGAGUACAGAUCACAAUGUACACCCCAUUAAAUUUUGCCUGGUAACCUGUUCUUGCUACGGAAAUAUUUUCUGUGUUUAACAAAUUUCUGUGCUUAUUGGCUCCAUGAAACUUGGCAUGGACCAUAGAGCUGUAUUAAAUUACUAGAG